GAGACCGAAAUCCGCUCCGAACUAUGCAUCUAGAUAACUUGACCCCCAUGAACAAGGCACACGCUGGCUGUAGUAAGCUAUGAAGACCAUCGGUUGGAACUUAGGGUUGCAUACCGACAUAUUGGUGCUGUGAUAAUCCUACCUUGGCUUUUACGUGUGUAUAAAUUCAGCGCCACUCCAUUUGGUUCAAUUUUCGAUCAACUCUAUCAGAAAAUCCUUAGACUUUGGUAAUUAUGGCGUAUUCGGCUGAGGAUAAGGUAUGUUAAAUACUAUACAAGGGCAUUCUUCAGUAUAAUGGCCAUGGCUGUUUGUCUUCGUGAUGAAAACGAUACUCCCUUGCAGAGGUCCCUCAGGUGAUACCCCUUGCAUACGUAUUACACCGCCGCAACACUGCAUGUUGUUGGCUGCGUGUACGUUCAUAAUAAUUCAGAAGCAAAGUCAGGAUUGAUGGAUCGAGUCCGAGUCCCGGUUUCAACACUUACUUCGCAAUUGAUCCAUCAAUAUACUUGAGAUUCCUAGCAUUCAACCUAUUCACUAUUACCAAGCCCUAACAAAGUCAUCUGUCUAACUUACUCAGGCAAAUAUGUUAACAUUAGACCUCCUCGUCACUUUCUUCAACCGCGACAAGGCUGCCACAGCCGAGUCGGGAGAAGAGUCGCGGAUAUUUGCGGCGAGGUGUCACUGCGGGAACGUACAAUACUCGGUCGUACUCCCAGCUUCGAGUCUGCCAUUGCACGCAUAUAUCUGUUCAUGCACUUUAUGCCGAUACUCGCAUGGCGCUUUCGGAAGUUUUCACGUCUCGUUGACUCAGGGCGUAAUGCCGGAGUGGACUAAUGGUACUAUUAACCUGUCCGUAUACAAGACCCAGGGCAGCGGUCCCGGUGGCCACGGACAGCGUUGUUUCUGUCCCACCUGCGGAACGCAUAAUGGGCACUACGAGCCCUGGGCUAUGCAGUGGGUCGCGGACAUGGCGCUUUUCGACGAACCAAGCUUCUGGGAGAUGAAGGCCUUAGCUUUUCCAAAGUCCCCCGGGGACGGCGGCUUGAUGUCCUGGAUUUCGAGUUCGGUUAGUUCGGGCUUAAAGAUACUCACCGUGGACCGUGAUAUCGCGCCCGAUAAUAAGCUCGAAAUUGGUGAGGGCGGCGAGGAGAGAUUGCGCGCGGAGUGUCAGUGCGGUGGGGUUUCUUUCACGAUCGGAAGGCCGUCGGAUAUAGUAAAGAAGGACGAGUUUAUGAGCCGAUGUAUCGCGCCGGGAGACCCGCGGAAGUGGAAAGCACAUCUAGAUUUUGACAAAGAAACUCGACGGCUCUCGAGCGCUUAUUUCAUGCCAUGGGCUCUGGUCCCACGGAUCUCGCUAGAACCGGAGGUGCCGCCGAAUCUGUUCAUCGGGACGAUGAAGACAUAUAAGGCAUCAGAUAAAAUCACAAAAGGAUUCUGUGGACGCUGUGGUGCUACGGUAUUCCUCCAAAAUACAGAUAGGAGGCCCUCGGAACAUAGCGAGGUGCUUAGUAUUGCAGUAGGUCUCCUGAGAGCUCCCGAGGGAGCAAAGGCAACAGACUGGGUUGAAUGGAAAGCCGUGUCUGAACGGGAAAUAGAAAAGGCAGAAUUCGAUGCCAAGUUUGUGAAUGCUAUUAUAGAGGGCCAGGGGGCAUGGACAGUACAAGAAUAUGGAGAAGCGCCGGAUUUCGAUAUCAUAUAGGAGGAAUGCGAUGAUGAGAUAUAAUUUAUGUCAUAUUUUAAGACUGACUUAGAUUACAUAUUUAUGAUGUGUCACCUUGCAAUCUUGUAUUCAUUAGGUAUACAUACAUGUGCUACGUUUAUAUGAUAUUAUAAAAGACAAUUGAC